AUGCAGGACGCGCUGACGAGCCUCAGCUGGCGCGACACCUUCCACCGCAUCUCUCAGCCAAGUGGCCAUCCCAAGAUGGAGGACGGAAGGCGGCUCCUCCACGACCGCACCAAGGAGGAGGGGCUGUGGUGGCUCGGAGACGUCAUCCGCCGUCUGGAAGCCAUCUGCGCGGCGGCACUGCAGUUCCUCCCCUCCAAACGGUGCACACUGGGCGACAUGGAAGCCCUCCUGUCAGCCACCAUCGACGACCUGGAAGGCGCCAAGGCCAGCAUCGAGGCCGGCAUUCCGCCUGCGGCGAGCCCAACCGCCGCGCCCUCGCUGCCAUCCACAGCUGCGUCGCCCGACCAACCCCUCGCAGCGCCGUCCCCAUCUGAGGCGGCGUCCUCCACGUAUCUAGACGGGCACACGAUGACCGGAUAUGGGAGGGAGAGAGGCCACACAGAACUGGUCUGGGUGCCUGUCUGUCUGCCUUUGGCUUUAAUGUGAGGAUAUUGCUGUCUGCAUUUUAUAUUCGACGGAGACAUAACCUGAUGGAGAGGCGGCAGUUCCCAGUGCCCCAAGUGCCCCGCGAAGGCUGCUCAAAAGGCUGCUCUACAUCCUUCUGGGGCUUGGCCUCUCAAUAUUGGCCAUCUGCGUAUAUGUGUCCGUCACGGAGAGCAAGAAGCCAGAGGCCGUCAAGCCCGCCGUGGCGCCCACCUUCGCCAUGUUCGCCCGCCACUCUCAAUACUGUCGAGAGGAAAUGCAAGUAUGACAGACAGGGUGGAUGGAUGGAUGGAUGGUGGGUGGAUAUGGGUGUGGAUGUGUUGCCUUUCCUUCCUUCGAUGUCCAUGCAGACGGAAUAGCGAGGCCGGCAAGGAAUUCUGCAGAUACUGCACGCAGCAACAGCUGGUAUGUGUCCACCACUCACGACCGAAGCGCCCGCUCAUCUCAUUCAUGUGACGUACGUGUCCUUCCCCUUUGUGUGUGUCCUUCAUGCAGGACCAGCAGCACGCCCAAUACCUGGCCGAGCUCGACAAGCGGGACCGACAAAUCCAGUAAGAAGACAUGUCGACAUGAUAUAACAUUGUGUUCUCAAUUCUCUAUUUCCUCGUGAACCGCAAUUACUCGUUCAGGAAUUACAAACCCAUGGCGAGCGGCCCUGCGAGAUGAUGGAGCGACUCCACCAGAUGGAGAUCGCCCUGCUCCAUCUGGUGGAGUCCCCAUCUGUGGUGUGUUGGAGAGGGGGAAGGGGAGGGGGAGGGCGAGUGUGUGUGAGCGACAUUUUCAUCGUUGCCUACGUUUUAUAUUUGCC